GUGAAUUUGGCAAUGAGACAAUGUUUUGAUUUUUGACAACAUGUGUUACGAUUGUUUAGCGAACUUCUUAUCAUUCGUAUAUGCAAUUUAAAAUAUAAUCUGUAAGUUAUUUGUCCUCUCUGGAACAAGAUGACAUGGAAAUCUUACAGUUAUAUACCAAUUAAAAUAACUGUCUUAGCGACAGCUGCUGCUUAUUUUUUGUAUAAAUUUUCAAAAUCUGUUUUUCGUGAUGAGGUGAAUAACAAAGUAAUAUUAAUUGAUAAUGUCCAAAAGUGGAAUUCAUUUGAAGCGGAGAUUUUGGAAACUUUUAGAAAAUCUGAAGUAGUGGGUAUCGAUUGCGAAUGGGUGACUGCUGACGGUAAAAGAAAGCCCAUUUCCUUAUUGCAGUUAGCGAAUAAAGAAGGCUUUUGUGUAUUAAUCCGUUUAUCUCGUAUACCAGUUUCGCUUAUACCAAGUGGUUUAGCAGAGCUUUUAGAAAGUAACAUUAUUCUGAAAGUUGGUGUCGGGGUAUACGAAGAUGUCCAAAAACUGUUUCACGAUUAUUGUUUGGAGGUGAACAAUUUUCUUGAUUUGCGUUAUUUGGCUAAGGAUUUAAAGGAAUUGCAAGGAAAAAACUUGGGCUUGAAAAGCCUGGGUAAUGAAGUUUUGGACUUAGAUUUAAAUAAAAACUACUCUUUAAGAUGUAGUAACUGGGAUGCUGUUACGCUAACUACUGACCAAAUAAAAUAUGCAGCUGAUGAUGCUAUAGUAGCUGCAAAAAUAUAUUCAGAGUUAAAAAGGAGAAAAAACCGUUGGCCGUUUCCGCUUAUUUUAAAUGUGGAUGAUGAAAUACAAUCAUUUAUUAAUAUACCCUUUAAACAUAAUUCUGCUAAUAAUAAUAAAAAACAGAGAAAUUUAUCGUGUUCUUUGCCCAAAAGCAAAGGAAGAUACAGCAAACCUCGCAAAAAAUCUAUGUAUGAUAACUGCCAGCUUGUAGCACCAGAUGGAGAAUUACUUUGCAGUUGUGAUAGAAGUAAAGCAGAAUGGUAUGUUAAUAAAAAUUUAGGUGAAGUUAUAAAUGAGGAUCCUUUUACUGUCCGACUUAACUUUGAACCAUCUGGCCGACCAAAAUUAGAUAAUGUGUUUUACACAAGAGAGAAGCUGAAUUGUUGUGUAGUGUGUGGUGCAACUGAAAACUUUCAUUGUAAGCAUGUUGUACCUUCUGAAUAUAGAAGAUAUUUUCCUGAUCUUAUGAAGAAAAACUUAUCUCAUGAUGUUCUUUUAUUAUGUGUUGAUUGCCAUAAGCAAAGCAAUAUUUUAGAUCAACAUUUACGUAACAAAUUGGCAAAAAUGUGUGAUGCACCCCUUGGAACUGCAAAAAAUGCUAAAUACCAAUUUAACCCUCCUUUAGCCAGGAUAAAAUCUGCUGCUACUGCCUUAUCUCUUGCAGGGGAUAAAAUACCCAUUCCACGUAAACAAGAAUUAGAAAAAGUUAUAUUAGAUCAUUUUCAGGUUACGGUUUUGACUGAAGAAGUUUUAGCCGAAGCUUGCAAUAUUGAUGUGAACUUAAAAAAUGAAUCAUUUGUACCUCAUGGUUUGAAAGUGUACGAAUAUUUUUGCAAAAAUGGUGGUAUAAUUCAGCUUGAAAAACUGUGGAGACAGUAUUUUUUGGACACUAUGCAGCCUAAGUUUUUACCUGAUAUGUGGUCAGUCGAUCAUAAUCAUGUAAGAUUGGCUCUUCAAGUUGUGAAUCAUGAGCGGGAAAUAGAUUUUGAUGUAUCAAUACUUGGUAUUAGUCCAGAACUUUUGACAAAAGCUGAAUGCAUUCAGGAACAAUAGCAUUCAAAUACAUCACAGAUAUCAAAACUACUUUUAUAAUUUAAAAAUUGUUGACUGUUGAUUAUUGAAGAAAGGUAUACAUAUAUAUUAGGAGCAUUACUAUUAGUUUUGAUAUAAUUGAUAUUAAAUAUCAUGUUGAAUUGCAAAUACCUGAAGCCUAUCUGAAUAUUUGAAAAAUCUGAAGAUAGGAUUAUCUACCCUUUCUUUUUUAACUAUGCAUUUAUUGUAAUGCAAGUGAUCGAAUUUUAUUUUUUUCAUUUUUGAUGAUUUAGUAAAACCACAGUUAUGUGUAAAUUUUAAAAAUAUUUUUAUUUUCAUGAAAUAAAUACAAAUUUUUUAUGCCAAAUUAAAUAACAAAAUUCAUGCAUCAUUAUGAAUUUUUUAAUUAAAUAAUGCACAUAAUUUAUUUCUGUGUAACAAAAAUUAUACUAAGACAUUAUUUUAUUAAUAUAAUUUCUUCCUAAAUAAACAACUGCCUCAUAGUAACUGUUUUUCCAUUGAUACAUAUAGUCUACAUAUUUCUUAGCAUUCUGUCAUUAUUUAAAUUAAUUGAGUUGCUUCUUAAAAGCACAAUCAUAAGGUAUUAUUUUAUAUUUAUGGGGUUGGCAAGAAAGUAAUUUUGCUUUUUUAGUGUGAAAUAAAACUCAAAUUUUUGUAUACAAAAAGUGAACUUUAAUCAUUCUCAUAUUUUCCAUUCUGUUGGAUGACCGUUUAGCUAUCUUUCUGAUAAUUUCAUGAUUCCAUGCUCACAGAACUUCUGUUUUCUAUCAGCAAAAAACCCAAUCAAGUGCAAUUUGAGUUCAUUAUUAUUAUUGAAAUUUUACCAAA